UGCGCUGAAGUGGACUGUCUCUCGUAACUUAAUGGGUGGAUUCCUUUGCUAAAUGAAGAACAUACGUAGUGUUUAAAAAAAAACAGCAAGCUAUUUCUGGAACAGCUGAGCAGUCAACAUUCAAAGUAUCACACAGCCAACACACCAACACUACCUUCCUUCCAUGAGAACAGGCCAUGCAGUGCAGAACUUCGCCUUGCUGGAUGUAUUGCUGUCAGGUUAAGCAGUGAGUGCCGUAUGGACUUUGAGCAAUAUAUAUAGUCUAAAAUUCAUAUUCAGUUUACAUUUAAAUAUCUUGUGUUAUUUUAAUUAUUUCUGCAUAGUUAAAUAGAACUUCAGCUUGACAAGCUACAUGCUCAUCAUACACACCGGUUCUUGAAAUACGAAUGCAUUUUAAUUAAGGACAUUUACAAUGCUAAAGUUCCAUGGGCUACAUGCUCUGGAGAUUAUGUGAAGCUAAUUUUUGUAAAUGAUGCAUGUGAGAUCCUUCUGAGAUGGACCAGGUGGACGAAAUAAUCCUUGAGGUAGAACAGAAAUGUUUUCAUGUGGCCAAAUCUGCCCUGGCAGCAGAAAGUAGCUAUUUUCAAAUAAUGUUUUAUGGUGGAUUCAAAGAGAGCUCUAUGCGCCAAAUCCACCUGUAUGGUGUAAGUGAGACCUGUUUUCGGAUUCUUCUGGACUUUGUAAAAACUGGUAACAUUGAACUGAACCAAGGAAAUGUUACAGAUCUCCUGGAGACAGCUGAUUUCUUAGAUCUAAGACAAGCCAAGCAGCUUUGCAUUGGAUACCUAGUACAAGAAUUGGGAGUGACUAACUGCUUGGGUAUGAUGACCUACUCUCAGCAAUAUGGCUGUACUGAGCUUUUUGAUUCAGCUUUCCAAGUUGCAGUCACUCAUCUGUUGGAGCUUAUGAAGGACGCUGAAGAUGAAUUUAAUCAACUGGACAAGAAUACCCUUGAAGAGUUGCUGCAAACCGAUGAACUGUAUGUCCCUAAUGAAGACCUUGUCUUUGAUGCUGUGAUGAAGUGGGUCAUGGUAGACUCUGUAAGAGAGAAGGAUUUUGAAGAAUUAGUCAGUCUGGUUAGGCCUGCUUUUCUUAGUCUCACCUUUCUCGAUGUUCUAGUAAAGCGCAGUCAGAGAUCAAAAGAACGUGAUGUCUACACAAGACUUUUACAGAUACUGAACACUAAACCACCCAAAACAUGGAGUAUUAUGAAAGAGAUUAUGUCUACAAGCAGAAUCUAUGAGACCUUAUAUGUGCUCGGUGGCAAACAUGAAAAAGAACAGCAAGAACUUUAUGUCUACCUGCCAAAGACCGCAACAUGGAAACCCUGCUCACCCUUGCAGCGCAAAAAUCUCAUACAUUAUGCAGUCGCCACAGUAGGUAACCUGGUAAUAGUGACUGGUGGAUACUUUCGUGGAGAUUUUGUAUGGUAUAGCAUAGACUGGGUCCUGAUAUAUGACUCUUCCAAAAACUGCUGGAAAGAAGGACCACCUAUGAAGAUAUCCCGGAACUGCCAUUGUGCUGUAGGGGUUGGACUCUACCUUUAUGUUAUAGGAGGAAGCACAGAUGAGGGUGUUACUGCAGAUGUUGAGAGGAUGGACCUGGCAGAGAUGACUUGGGAAGCUCAUAGCCCUCUAAUCAGACCUGUCGAAAGAGCAGCGGCUGCCAGUGUGGAUACUAAGCUGUACAUAAUAUGUGGCCGUGAUGAGAAUGGAGAUGUGUACAGUGGAGUGCAGAGGCUAGACACAGAGACUGGUGUGUGGGAUAUAAUUACAUACUCUCCUAUGCCAAGGUAUGAUCUCUGUGCUACGGUGCUUAAUGGAGUCUUAUAUACCAUUGGGGGCAAGGCUCAGAGGUUUGACCUUCGUACUGAGAAGUGGUCAGUUAUUGACGAGGAAUGUCUUGACCGCAAGUUCUACAUGGGAUGCUGCUCCGCCAAUGGAAGAAUGUAUUUCCUGGGACAAAGAAGAGCAAGUAUAACUAGUGAUAUUCCCAACUUUGCCUUGUUUGACCCUUAUUUGGAUGUCUGUCAGGUGGUCGAUAUCAACCUUCCUUGUCCUCUUCCUAUCAGGGGCUGUGUGACCAUGAGACGCUAUGAUGUUUGGCCUUGAAGAUCAACAAUUCAAUAGUUUGCAAAAUAUUGCUUUGAAACUCUGGCCUGUUGCUGGAAUAUAUAACUGCAAUAUUGUUUCUAAUAAAAAUCAUUUAAUUCAAAUGUAA